GGUAAAAAUAAAAUAUCAGAAAUCCUUAUUCAUUGUGAAAGAAAUAAUGGAAGACACAACAUGGGAGCAAAGACUCCAAGCUCUAACCCAUAUCCUAACCAGCCCCACAAACACAAUCACACCAACUCUUCACUCUCAGUUCUUUAUCUCCAACCAAAUCCCUUGCUACCUCAACUGGGACUAUCCUCCUAUCCUAUGCAACAAGUUCAACUCAACCUUCCCUUCUCUUCACCUAAAAUGGGGUUUCUCUCUUUUCCUGAAAAGGGUCUCCAGAUUUGGGCUCCCACAGACCUCAUGGAGGUCCAAAUGCCCAUUCCAACAGCCUCCACCGUUGAUUCUGGCAAAGGGAGUUGAGGAAGCUCAGUGGGGUGAAGAACAAAGGAGACAGUAUGUGAGGAAGAGGCUGAGCAGAAAACGACUUGGAAGUGAUGUUCACCCUUUGAUUCCUAUCUUGGUUCCAAAUCUUUUCUUGUUCUCUCUUCUGCUUUGGAAACCAUUUCCGGAUAGAGCUACCUAACAAAUUUAUCCUGUUUUUGCACCCACGGGUACUUUGUAAAUGUAAAUUUCAAAUUACUGUUUUCGCAUUAACAGGUGUAUGUUGUUGCUUCGAAUUUUGGUUAUAAAUUGAAAGUGAUUUAUUCUA